AUUUCGUUUUCGAUGGAUAAAACGAUAUUUUAGUGACAUCAGUUUAUUUAAUUUUCUCUAGUUAUCACAGAAAUUUUAAGAUUUUUGUCGUUUUGAUAGUGUUAUCAUUUUAUCACUUGCCAAUGAAAACAUACCAAUGGAACUCAACAUGGUGUUGUGUUCUUCGACAAACAAUAGAGACUUUCAAUGUGUGUGUAGCUUUAGCUUGCUCGUUCGUUUGGUUGGUUGGUUGACAAUCGCGAUGUAAUGUAUUCUACAUCAUCGCAUGCUGAGUUAAAUUUUCAACAAAACCUUUUAGUUUUAAUUAAUUUUCACGAUUUGUUUCUAAAUGUUUUCUUACGUCGUGACCUAUUUUCGAAAUAUUAAUUUCUAAAUAUGUGUAAUUUGCCGCCGAAGUACCAUUCAGUGUGUCGCCUUUGUUUAUCAUUUUGUGGCGAUAAUUGCAGUGAUGUUAAGCUUCCAAUUUUUGAUCGUGAUAAGGAUAAAUCACGACUAUGGGAAAUGAUAACAACAGAUUUGUCAAUGAUGGUUUCUCCAGAAGACAUGCUGCCACAAGUGGUGUGUGGAAGCUGUGCACAGAAACUUGAUGAAUUUCAUACAUUUAGAGAACUCUCACAUAAAUCUGAAAGGUUACUGGAGCAGUUCUUACAAUACGCCUUUUCAUUAUCUGGUCCAAAAGAGGAAAUACUCAGCAUAACUGCAGCCAAAUUAGAAGAAAUAAUCAAACCACUGAACGAUAAUGAUUACGAACACGCGACGAAACAUAAAUAUGCCGAAAUCGGCUCGCCGGACUCUACCGAGGAGAUGAAGAAUCUAGAGAGUCGGCAGGCGGCCGUUACACUCCUGCAAAUAAAAAAUUAUGAUCCAUCUAAAUAUGUCGUCAAAACGGAGGAGGAACCACGUAUAACUUUUAACAGUGUGCCAAGUUUACCGCCAUCGGAGCGAGCAAGCGAGGUGAUGCACUGCAACGCUGUCAUCGAUAUUAUAAAUAAGGCUGUCGAGGUAGCGCAGCGGGAAAACGAAGAAUCUCAAAAAUUUCAAACGGAUUAUACGGGCGUAAUCGACAGAACGCAUGCGACGAACGUCACUGACGUCACGUACACCAGGGAAUACACGGACGAUCACUACAAUGCAUACGUCCCUAAUCAAAACGCAACGAGUCCUUGCAGCCUCGACGAUCGGGAGAACAGAGAGAUAGACUUAUCACAUUACAGCUCCGGUAAGAACGAGAUCGCAGAGAAAACAGAACAAACCGAUCGCGACCAGUCACGUUCGUAUUUUCCAAAAACAAUGACCCACAAUAAGGUGACGAGUUUUGUGGAUGAAUACAAACAACAUAUUUACGAUCAAUCUGUCAACAAAAUGAAGUUAACCAAGGAUACAGCUUCUGUUUACGAGGAAUGCAGUCAGAGCAGCAGUGGUUCAGACCCUGACAGAUUACAGAUGGACAUAUCUCAAAUGUCGCAGGACGACCCUGAAGAGACACAGUCGGCGCGCUCGACGCAGUCCUCCCCCCAACCCCCGCACGACGGCGAACAAGACAAAGAAUCACUCUGGCAAGCGUUACACAGACAAAACGGUCGCAGCGGAGAAGCAACGCAGCUGUUGAGACGAUUGAUCAACAGCAAACAUCUCGGUAUGACGGUGUCCCCGCUGCGGGCGUCCACGUCGCCCACGCCCUCUGCCGUGCAGCCGCCGGUCAACGGAUCUGUUUCGCCGAACGGGGAAUGGCCAGCGUCAGGCCGUGGCUCAAACGUAGCGGGAACGGCGCGAAGGAAACAAAGUUUUCCCGCGCGUGCGCAACCAGUGACGCAAGACCCCUCAACCAACAACUCUACUUGGCAACAGGCUGCUUCAGAUAAUCAAGAGGGGACGGAGGUGGGGAGCGGGGUUGGGGGCGGUAACCGCGGCUCCGCUCGCGUGGAGUUGUCGUGCAGCAACUGCGGCACGCACACGACCACGAUCUGGCGGCGGGACACGCGCGGCGAGAUGGUGUGCAACGCGUGCGGGCUGUACUACAAGCUGCACGGCGUGCCGCGGCCCACCGCCAUGCGGCGCGACACUAUACACACGCGCCGCCGCCGUCCGCGACACGACUCCAAACAUAGCAGGAACAAGUCUCGCCGCAGCGGUAGUGCGAUGACGAACCCCGAGGUAUCGGAGGGGGGUGCGGCGGGCGCGGAGGGCACGGAGGAGGCGGUGCUGGCCGCGCUGCGCCGACAGCUACAGCCGCACUUGCUGGCCGCGCUGCACGCGCACACCACGCGCCCCCACCGACAUCAGGUUGGCACGAAUGCUCAGGAAUACGACGAGGCGCCGUUGAACUUAGUCGCGAGUCACGUGCCCGCCGCUGAGGAGACGCACUGACCGCUCCCACUGUGAUACAAGGAAACGUACACAAAAAAAUAAUACUAAGCUACAAAUAUCCUAAAAUUGAACCCUAAAGCUAUUGCAUUUCGAUCGAAAAUGCCUUGAGUAGACAUUAAAGUGAACGUUCUCGUGGGAAUGUUUUUUAAAAAUCGAUACGGAACCGUUAUUAUUGAUGUUGUCGUUUAAGACCUUUUAAUAGAACGGUUUUUAUAAAACAGUCUCGCGACGAAACGUUCGUAGCCGCAUUUCCAUAGAAUCAAUUAGUGAUAGACAGGCCAGUGUUUAAAAUAGACAUAAUCGACGAAGCUUCGAUGCCUUCAGUGGGAGCUGGUAGUUCUUGCCAUGCACACGGAUACGUCGGCCCGUCCCGUCUGGGCCGCCCUGUGAUAUGCGACCGACGGCAGCUGCAGUGUUCACUCGCGUGAUGUUCGUAUUAGACAAGCACCUAAGCUUGUCCUAUAUUUUUCGUACCUAUAUCUUAUUAGUCUUUAGCUAGUUAUUAGCUUAGGAUUAUAAAAAUUCGAAAAGCAAUAAUGAAAGUGUUGUGUACAAUUUAUUAUGUCGUUUAAUUAGUACUACGUUUUGUAGUGUAGGAUUUAUUAACAAACUUUUUAAUGAUAGCUUACGGUAAUUCAUUUGAGAUUGGAGCAAAAAAAAAAAGUUUUUUUUUUUUUUUAAUUUAAGUUUUGCCUCGGAACCGUACGACGUGGAAUACGAUUGAAUCGGAAUGCGCAUAAAUUCAUUUGCCAGUUCUGUCGUACAUAAAAAUCUCGUAGGUGUAAACCUUGCCUUAUAAUGCUCUCUUGGUGUAGAUAUAUUCACGGUUACCUACUGCAGGAAGCGAGUAUUCAUUUUAGAUUAAGAAUUUUAUUUGUAAAUGUUUUUUCUUACAUAGAUCUAAAACGUAACGGUAUUUCAUUUAAAUUAUAGCUACCUAAUUUAUUUCCCGUUUCGGUCAGUAUUUACGGUUUAAGUAUUUUUUUUAUUUGUUUUUUUUUUUUGUAUUUCUCACAAAGUAUUUUUUUAGUUAUUAUGACGAGGUGUGCCGUGAAGCGGUAUAUACAAAAAAUGUGACAGUUCUAUCUAUUUUAUUUACACUGUGUGCACGAGCCGUUUGAAUUGUGAUUAAAAGAACACUUUUCGUCUCUACUUAAUAUGUUAGGUAUUCAUUAUUGUAUCUCCAGUGUGUUUUAUAUAGGUAUUACAUGAUAUGUAUAUGAAACCUACUACUAUAAUAAAAUAUAAACUCAUUGAAAUUUAUAUUUUGUAACGUAGCGUGUUUUCCAGUUCGUUAUUUUGUAUAAAUUUAUCAAUAUUUUUAUAUUUCGAAAGGUUAACGGAAUUAUGGCAUUAUUAUUAUUAUUAUAUUGUGCGGGAAUGAUGUUGUGCGAAUAAUAUUUAGGUGCCCAACGAAUAUGAUACAAGUGUCGUUGUUUCUUAUGAGCGGUUCGAUGAUUGGGCAUUUUAAGGUCUCUCGCUUCGACCGUUUCCUCACCCUGAUUCACCUCAUCGCGGUCAGCGUGCUCAGUGCGAGUUUUUUAACGUUCUCGAUAGCGUAAAAGUUAACUCAAAUUUGUAUGGAGUUCGAACUUUUACAUACGUUUACCGCUAGGGGCGCUGUACUAACUGCAUACGAAUUUAAGUUAACUUUUACGCUAUCGAGUACGUUAAAAAACUCGCACUAAGCACACAGUCGUACGCAUUUACGUGGUUUCAACGUUCGCACUUCGAACGCUUCGUGUUUAGCCCCGGUUCCUUCUACGUGUAGCUGUGAGUUCAUUUUGUCACCGUCCUUUACGUCUCUACUUAAUUUAGUGUUAGUUGUAUUAAUGUCGAAAACCCCACGGGCCAGUAAAAAACAAUAAAGUCUAUGAGACUUUGUGAUACUUAGCUAGAAAUUACUCGGUCGCUACGCCGCCGGUGUAACUAUCUCGACUCGUGCGUUUCCCCUUUAGCUUUUUUCCGUUUACAAGUCGAAGCUUAUCGUAGUUUAAAGCUUUAAAAAUUGAGAUUAUUUAUUAUUGUCGGUGUCUUAUUAUUAUUUUUUUAUAUAUAUAAUUUUGACAAUAAAAUUUACGUAGUCUUUCCUCGUUUGAAUGUAGAACGCGCUCUCUAUUACGCUUUACAUAGCUCUCUCAAUUAUGAUAUUAUUUUGAAAUGAUUUUGAAAUUCGCGCCAGUUUUUAUUCACAUUUAAGUUACAUUAGUUUCUUACUUAUAGUAUUAUUCAGUACUUUCCUAUAAAUACUCAUGUAUAAGUUGAUUGUGAUUAGCCGUGUUUCACUGCGUGGAUUAUUUCGUUUGUGUAAUGUUUUUUUUUUUUUGUACAGGGUGUGUUGAUAACAUUCUCGAAAUUUCUAGUUUUGAUCUGACAGGACUAUGUACACUAGAAAUUGCGACCGAAAUUUAGUUUUCACGGCACGCAAUGUAACACGUACAAAAAAAUCGCGGUGCAGACAGCCGCCGUUAGACGUGCUCGUCUCGAUACGGGCUCGUGAAAUAUGAUCUGUGUAAAUUAACAAAAGAUGCUAAUUUACGUAUGUAGUUUUCCGUUUAAGUGAGACAGGUAUUAUUGUUUAAGUUUUGGAGAACAGUACCUUUGUUGCACCCCGUACACCCUGUAUCCGUUAAAUUCUCUUGAAUCAUUACAAUAAUCGUUAAAUUUAAAUAUCGAUAUUGAAUAUCGAUAAUAAUAUUUCCUUGUCGACGCAGUUGAAAAUUCACGGAACGAAUGUCUCAAACCAACGCAACCAACAGUUAUUAAACGUCAUCUCUUACAUUGCUGCUCGCAGUAAAAUAUAAUACAGUAUUAUUUUUUUCUAUAAUAUUAAAAUUCUUUGUAUAUUUUUUUUCUUAGGAUUACAUUAUUAUUAUUAUUUUUAUUUUUAUGUUCGUAGUCGUAAUGUGAACGUCCGAAUUCGAUUCCUGUGUGUGUGCGUGUUUUUCGGCAACGGAAACCUAACUGCCAAUUUAAUUCUGUUCGAUAUGAUUUUAUUGAUGAAACAAGAACGUUAUGUUUUAACGAACUUCCAAUUCGGUUAUUUAUUAUAUUAUAGUUUAAGUCGUCGUUUUUUUUUUUAAGAAUUGAACAAUGUUCAUUGCGUCGCGACAAUGUAGACAACGUUGCGCAAUAUAAAUACUAACCCGCUCUGGUUGUGUUGUGUGCGCUUACGAUUUAACUAAUGCAUGUGUUUGUCUUAUGUUUUGUCGGUGCGUACACGUAUAGACGCAGUACCAAUUCUUUAAAAUGUAUUUGUAUUUUUUUUUUUGUAUUUUGUAUUAUAAUUUAUGCUGGAAUAACAAACAAACAAACAAAAAAAAACUACUUAUAUUCCAUUCGUGUUGUUGUGGAAUCGUUUCUCUUAUACUUUCGAAUCUCUAAAGACUGACACACUAACUCUUCGCGUCUUCUUGUUUCAACGUGCAUCGUCAUACGUUUUCAUUCGAUCCAUAAUUCGAAAAUUGAUUAUUAAAAAAAAAAAGUAUUUUAAUUAAAAUGUGAUAUGAUAUUUUGUUUGUAAUGUUAGUGUGUGUAUCCGAAAAGCAAUAAACAUUGUGAUAAGGUGGUGACGAGUAUUGUAUGCAAUUUAAAGAAAAUUAUUCUGAAUAUAGUUAUAUAGUGUCAAUUAUAUGAUAGAUGUACUGAAUGAAUGGACUCACAACGCAUUAAAUUAUCACUGUAUAAAAUAUUUAUAUGCACAGGGUAAACAAUACAAUUAUUGGCGCCGCGGCAUAAUUGUUAGCUUAUAUUUGGCAGGAUUAUUAACAGCAAUAUGUCUAUGUUUGAUGAUUGUUAGAAUUCUUUAAAAAUGAUAUUUAGUAUUUUCUGUAUUUGUUAUCAUCUCGUCAAUAUUGAUCAGUAUUGCCAAUGUUUAAAAUAAAAUAAUGAUCUGAGACCAAACUGUUUUUUUCUAUUUUUAACACGGACGUGCUGGUAUGACCAAUAAUAGUGUAGUUUACCCCUAUUUAUAAUGUAUUCGUUAAUAUUAUCAUUGUGUAAAUACAAACCGUUACCAUUUACUCCAUAUUGUAUAUUGCUCUGUACUUACUUAAUGUUGUGAGUUCGGUCGUUCAGGGUAACUUUAAAAAAAAAAAACUCAAUUAAAAUUUAAACGUAGACAGAUUUACCUCUAUUGCAUAUAAUAAUAAGUUCCCUUGAAAGACGUAUUGUAUGUCGUAUUAAAGCAAUAUUUUCCAAUAUAUAGAAAGCUUAAUGGACCAUUCGUUGUUGUUGUCAUUAUAACUCUACGUAUUUUUAAAGUAAGUUUCAGCAUAAAUUAUCCGUUUUGAGAUUGUAUUGUGAGUUGAGAAUACGUGACGGUAAUACUCAUUGUGAAAAAAAAAAGAAAAGAAGAAACACUAGAUAUUGUUGUAUAGAUGAUAAAUAAUGUGACUUACGCAGGGAUGGAUACUUAAAUUAUUAAAGUUUUAACUGAUAUAUUGGCUAUGUAGUGAGUAGAAUAUUUUUUUACAAAUAAAUUAUAGCAGCUA